AUGCACUGCUUUUUGAGCAUCCCCUGCCAUUCGCGAGCUUUUCCGAAGACACAACAUGACCAAUCUCAAGGCAGUGCCCGUUUUCUUCCUCUGGGUUUCUCAGCGGUCCCUGAGAUACAGCUGCUCAGCGCUGCUGCCUUCCUUCUGGUUUACCCGGCCGCGUUUCUGGGGAACAUCUCCAUCGUCGCCGCCGUGACGCUGGAUGCCCGCCUGCACACACCCAUGUACUCCUUCCUCAAACACCUCUCCUUGGUGGAUAUCUGCUCCGUGUCCACCACCCUGCCCCGGGCCCUGGUGGCCACCCUGCUGGGCUCGGGGCAGAUUUCCCGCCAUGCGUACAUGUCCCAACUUGCCUUUGUCUGCCUGGAGUCCGCAGAGUGUUUUCUCAUCACCUCCAUGGCUGACCAUUGUCUGGCCACCUACCGGCCCCUGGUGUACGGGGCAGCCAUGAGGCCCCGGACCUGCGUCUCCGUGGUGGCGGCCUGGGGCAGUGGGCUCCUCUUCUCUGCCCCCCUAACCAACACCUUCUCCCUGCUCUUCUGCGGCCCCAACGUGAUUGACCACUUCUGUGACAUCCCGCCACUCAUGCGCCUAGCCUGUGCCAACACAGGUGUCCACGACACUGCGGGAUUUGCAGCCAGCGGUUGCGUCAUCAUCAGCUGCUUUAGCCUCACUGUCCUGUCCUGUGUGCGCAUCUUGGCCACGGUGGUUCAGAUCCGCUCAGCAGCCAGCCCCUGGAAGGCCUUCUCCAUGUGUUCCUCCCACCUGGCCACCGUCCUCCUGUUUUACGGCACUGGCAGCUCUGCCUACAUGCAGCCCACCACACGAUACUCCCCACAGCAAGGGCGCCUAGCUGCCGUCUUCUACUGCAUCCUCAUGCGCACCCUAAAUCCGCUUAUCUACAGCCUGAAGAACAAGGACAUGAAGGGAUCCCUGCGGAAGCUGUAUCUUCAGGUGCCACCUUAA